UUUUUAAUGAAACUGUAAUGCAUUACAAAAAGUAAUGCAUUAUUUAGAACCCUGGUCCUGAGUAGAAUAUAUAAUAUUCUACUCAGGACAUUUUUAUCGUUGUAUGUCACAAGUAUACAGAAGUUUUAGAAUUUUAACUGUGACUCAAAAUAACAUUCGAAGUGUAGGUACUUUUUAAUUCUUAAUAUUAAUAAUUGUAAAAAUUAAAAAAAUAAUUAAACGUUGAAAUAAUUAAAUUAAUAAAAUUUACGCAGAAACCAGUACAAUGUUUGUUAGAAACAUUUAUUUUGAGUUCACAAACAUCUAAUUCUUUUGUGUUAAAUUUAUUAACUUACUCUUAAAAAUUUUUUAACAUUUUUAAUAAUAAAUGUUCAUAUAAGUUAAGCAUCUUUUUAAUUUAUUGUAAAUAUUAAAAAAAUAUUUAUGACAUAUUAAAUUUAAAAUUAGGUGCGCAACUUAAUUCUCGUCUUUUUAAUAAAAUAUAUACGUAAACGUUUACCCUGAAAAAAAUCAUGGGCCAUUUUAUAUAAACUGUGAGAGAAAUCAUACGUUACAAUUUACAUAACUUUGUUACGUAUCUAACGUUAAUUGUGACAACUCAACUGUAAUUUGUUCAACGUUGUGGCAACUUUUAACAAACACAUGAAAAACUUUACAAAUAGUCAAACGUAAAAGCGUGAUAUAAUUAUAUGGAAAGAAUAGAAAAAAGAAGAAGAGAGAGAAAGAGAGAGAGAGAGAGAGAGAGAGAGAGAGAAAAUUUGAGACAUGAAAGGGAAAAUGGAGUAGGCGGCUCUCAAAUCGAAAUGUGAAUCGUUAGUUGGUGUCGAGCAGGAUUGCAAUAAAGAACCUACUACUCGGAUAACAAACUGACAUCAUUUUAAUAUCAAAGUGACAUAUUUAAUAACACAUUCACGUCAAAUUAACUUGCUACUUGGUAUCAAUAUAUAAUUAACUUAAUCAAUACAUUAUUGGUUUACUUUAACCUUGUUGGGGCAUACAGAGUAUUUGAGAUAUGAGAAACAGAACAAAUGUUUUAUUGUAAUGAAGAAUCAAGAGAAUCGACGAUGUAUGUGACUGGCUUACCAUAAAGACGAGCUCGUGCCAUCGACAUUCCUCCAGGUGUGCAAAUUAUUUUAUUUACAUUUAAUACUUAGAAAAUUGAAUUAAUUUAUUUUAUUAGAUACAUUUAUCUUAUUAAAACUGCGUUACGUUUAUGGGGAGGAACAGAUAAUGGCACACCAUCUAAUAUUGCAGGAGUGCAAAAGUAAUACGCCGUUCUUCGUCGUUACGUGAAAUAUUAAAAGAAUUCACGACACGGGUAAAAGUGUUUCGCUUUCAAAAAACUUAUAUUUUUUUUCUACAAAGUAUUCUAUACAGAGAGGAGCUUUAAUGUAAGUAGCAAAACGCAUCGAUUAGCAAGAAAAUAAGAGACGAAAAUGGUGGAGAUCUAUAUGCCAGACGACAAUUCACUGUCGAUAGAACACUAUUUACAACCUAUAGUGUACAUCUCCUGGCUCUUGGGCGUCGGCAUUGCACAUCCGCGAAAAUGGCCCAAGAUUGUAACAAUAAUUAUACGUAUUGUUCACCUGGCCUUGUGUACAUUUAGUUUCAUAAAGCUCUUCUAUAAUUUUGCAUCGGAUUCUAAGAAAGAUAAAUUUAAUGAAUUCUGCGGUGUAAUUGCACUAAGUAUUAACAUAAUUUACCACGUGUCGUCGUAUUACUACAUUUAUCAUGGAAUCAAACAUCAUGACAAGUGGUCGAAGCUAAUGGACAAAAUAAAGGAAGUCGAUCAGAAGAUCAAAAGAGAAACACACAUUAAUAUCAAGCCAUUAAAAAUCCUGGAAAUUGUAGCUAUUAUCGUGACUUUUACUUGCUGUCCUUUAUUGCUGUUUGUUCACGCCCUGUAUAACUUUAUAUAUUCGUCUGUUGUGGAGAAAGACUUGUUGAGUUACUACAUAUUGGCUCAGUCGACGAUCAACUGCUUUGUUUUUGACGUUGUCGUCUAUAUAUUGUAUCACAGAUAUCAAAUGAUAAACAAGUUGUUGGGCCAGAUGGAUGAGCUAUCUGGUACGUCAAAACGGAUCGCAUUCAAGAUUAAAUGCAUCAGAGAAAUGCAUUACGAUAUUUGUGAUCUUGUCGUCAUGAUAAGCGAUAUUCAUGGUUUCUAUCUUUUCAUUGUUUCGAUAAACUGCGUCGACACGGUUGGAUUGGCAGUGUUCGAGAUGAUAGAGAUGAUUCAAUCUAGCACGAUGUGUAAUGAUAAGGAAAUAGAUGUAUUAAAAAGUAUUUUCUUUUUGAUCAUGUAUAUCAUGCAAUUUUACGUGACAUAUUGGAUUUGCAAACUCAUUUAUCAGGAGUUUGACAAAACCGGGAUAAUUAUAUGUGGGAUUCUAUUAAAAUGUAAAUCUGUGAAUCUCGAUACACUAAAUGAGACAAGAAAUCAAUUGAAUCUAGAGGUACGAUUGCCGAUGAAAGAUUUAGGCACCCAGCAAAGAUGUUAUUCGUGUAGCAAUCUGAAUUACGUCGCCAUGGAAAAUUUGUUGCGUCAAUAUCCGAACCGAGAAUGGUCGAGUCAAAACCUGGACUGUGUCAGAAAUGAGAUCAAUGACUUUUCUAUUCAAUUGCAGCAUCGUCGUAUAGCUUGCAAUUUCUUCGAAGUUAAUAACUUCAUUAACGUUAUUAAAUUAACGUACGUUAAAUUUACGAUCCUGGCUUGUCUAGCAAUCCUUACUCGAUUCUAUAAACUAAAUAUAACUGCGGGAGCAGUUAUUAACAGUACACUGAACAGUACCAAAACUCUACAUAUAUUCCAAUGAAAUAUUCAUUCUAUUAAUGAAAUAUUUAUUAAAAUUGGUCCAAUGAAUUAUUUUAUUAUUAUGACGUUUUAUUUAUU